AUGAAACUUUUGCGUGAGGACGUGAGGUAUAAAAAGGGCUCAUUUCAUGGGAAGAGCCAUUUUUCGAAAGUGACAACCGAUCUCCGAUCGUUGUCCAGCUCGUCGUCGUCGGCCUUCGGAAGGAGCCGUUGACGUCGUCACAAUGCUCGUGCCGCUGCUGCUCCUCGUCGUCGCAGCCGCACUAGCCUAUUACUUCCUCAACAAGGUUCCCACUAGCCUUCAUCCAGAACAAUAUCAAUUCUGCAGCCUGCCCCUGGAGGUGCCCCGAAAUCAUCGAAAACUUCGGCGCGCAAGCAGCUCGAGGUCGAACCCACACAAGUAAGGGUUUUCUUGAAACCUUCAGAAUUAUCAUAGCUUCUGAGAGGAUUUUCAAGCUGGUUCGAGUUCAAAAUGGCUUCUAUUCACGCUGAAACUCGAAAAAAAGUUCUAGAGACCUGAUCCUUGGAAAAAUAACGUUAAAAUCGAUUAUUCAAAGUCCUGACGACUGUAGCCAUACUAAAAUCACGUCGUAUAGGUUUUUUGACGACAGGUCAAAUAUAAUUGAAGUCUUUUUGGGCUCCAUUCGAACUAAGGUCUUCAAGUUCUGGACAAAAAAGCCUUUGGCCGGAUAGAGACUUUCUUCCUACCUUCUAAAAUUUGAAUUGAAAAUCUGUCUAGCAGUUUAUCCGUUGUCUCAAGCCUUUCUAAACCUUUACUGUCCUAUGAAAAUUUUCUGAUAACUAAGCAUGGCUUCAGCUGUACCGAACUAUCAAAAACACGGAAAAACCUCUUAUUUAGUUCAAAAUACGUCUUUGAUGCAAGUCCUGAGAUCCACAAACAUGAUUUUCCGAAGACAAACCUCUCAUUUGCCAUUUUCAGCGCUGCACAGUUCGCGAAGAUGUCAACAAGUCGCCAUCGGCCCGCAGCGACGUGAACAAGCCGUCUUCCGUCCGCAGCGCUGGCAAGAAACCAUCGCCGCCCCGAAACGAUAUCCCGAGAGAGCUUUCCAGCCAAAUCGAGCAGCCGCUUCUCCCGUAAGCCUUCUGCUCCCCAUUGUUCAACAAAUCUCAAAAAAUGUAGGCCGGUCCAAGAACCAGUCGCUCCUCCUCCGCCUCCGCCAGCUGAUCCUAUUCCGCCUCCGCCAGCCGAUCCAACUCCAGCUCCGCCAGCGGAUCCAACCCCAACUCCUCCAGCUCCUGAGCAGCAGAAGGACUACACUCCGUCGAUGACCUUGGUGCCAGGUGGAGCUGCUUCAGUUCCUCGGAACGAGUUUGCCCCUUCGUCGCGCCUCGACGCCCAGAACACAGCCGAGACGAAUUCCACCGCGAUCCCGCCGCUCUUCUACGUUCCUGGCGGAGCUCCGCCGCCUGAGGCUUCUGCUCCAUCUCCCGUCGUUCCCGAUCAGCAGCCUCCAGCUCCGUUCCUCAACCAAGCGCCGCCUCCCCAGCAUGACUACGCCCCGUCGGUGGCUCUGGAGCCUCUGUCUCCUGGCGUCGCUGCUGCAGCUCCUCGCAACGAGUUCGCUCCGUCGUCCCGUCUUCCCACCGAGCCUGCCCCCGCUCAACCCGUCUCCAUUCAGCUGGCCGGUUCUCCGGAAACGAAGACGGCCAAUGAAAUCGACAACAACAUGCCGGAGAGCGAUGUCAAGACGGCCAGCGAGAUCAGCAACAGCGUCACUGGGACCAACACGGGCAAGAAGUCUGGAUCGAAGCGUAAGAGGAAUGAAGUGAGAAUAUCAUUCAUUUUUGAAGUAAUGAUUUCGGAUUUCAGCAUUCGAAGAAGAAGAAGCGCAGCAAGAGUCGCAAGUGUGAGUUUUUCAUGAAAACGAUCAAAAUUUACAUCACGAUUAGAAGAGGUCAGAAGCACUAUAAAAAAUUCAGCGGCGAAGAAGAAUAGAAAGUCGAAGAAGUCGAAGAGCCAAGAUUCUGGAACCACGAGCCAAAGCGAGCCGGAGAAGGACGUAGCCACCGCCAAGGAGCCCAGUCAACAGCCUCUGCUGGUCGGCGCCAGCCCUGAAACGGACGUCAAGACGGCCAAGGAGGACUUUGGUCCAGGAACCGAAGAGCCCGGCGUUGCUACGGCCCGCGACGACGUUCAGCCGGAAGCUGGUCUGAAUUUAUCGAAUCUCUAAGUAGCUUAGAAACGAUGGAGGGGUCCCUAGAGGGCUUAACGGAAUUUAGAAAGACGGGCUAAGCUUUUUUUUGCUAGAAUUUGGUGGUUCUAGCGUCAUCAAAAACUCAACCAAUCAUGACAUUUCCAAAAAGUUUCAACUGGAAAUAUUUGCAAAAUUUGAACUUCCACAUCUUUCAAACCUUAUACCUUUAAACCCUGAAUCUCGCUUCAGACGUCAAGACGGCGACGGAUUUGGGAUCGGAUUCUGGACCGGAGUCUGGCGUCGUGACGGCUCAGGAAAUCUCGACCACUACGGGGUCUUCGACCACCGGACACAGCUCGGAGGUUGACUUCGUGGUUGGAAUGGAAGUUGGUAACUUGCAGGAUAAGUCGUCGAAGAAGGGAUCCAAGGGAAAGUCGAAGGAUCGUAAGAAGCGCGGUAAUACUUUCCGGUGGCUUUUAUUAUAGAAGGGACUUUUUUGCAGCAAAGACUGGCAAAAGCAAAAAGAAGAAGUGA